AUGCUUUCACGACUAUCACCCAAAUUGAGCCAGUCUAUUGGUUCCUCUAGUGCCCAUAAUGCUGCAGCCGCUGCAAUCCGCACACACAAGAUCCCAGGAAAAAGAGAACCACAAGCCAAGUAUGGAGGUCGUCACACUGUAACACUAUUGCCUGGUGACGGUAUCGGUCCUGAAAUGCUUUUACAUAUACGAAGAAUCUUCGGAUUUUCAAAUGCUCCCAUCAACUUCGAAGAAGUGACACUCAGUUCUAAUUUAGAGUUGGGAGAUAUGGAUGCAGCUAUGAUGGCUAUAGAACGAAAUGGAGUAGCCCUGAAAGGUAACAUAGAGACGAAGCAUGAUAAUCCCAUAUUCAAAUCUCGUAACGUUGAAUUACGUUCUCGUCUUGACUUGUAUGCUAACAUUCUACACUGCGUAACCAUACCUACAGUGCCCAGUAGACAUAAGGACAUAGAUAUUGUACUGAUCCGUGAGAACACUGAAGGAGAAUAUUCAGGUUUGGAGCACGAAAGCAUUCCUGGAGUCGUUGAGAGUAUAAAGAUUGUUACUCGUGACAAAAUUGAAAGGAUUGCCAGAAUGGCAUUCGAGUAUGCUCUGCUUAACAACCGUAAAAAAGUUACAGCUGUUCACAAGGCUAAUAUUCAAAAACUGGGAGAUGGGCUUUUCUUGCAGGUUGUCCGAGAUAUGGCAAAAGCUGAAUACCCAUCUAUCGAGUUUGAAUCCAUGAUAGUUGACAAUGCCUCUAUGCAACUGGUAUCGAAACCACAGCAAUUCGAUAUCAUGGUCAUGCCGAAUCUGUAUGGAAACAUCAUUUCUAAUAUUGCCUGUGGGCUAGUCGGUGGACCUGGCUUAGUUUCUGGCAUGAACUUGGGAGUGAAAUAUGCUGUUUUCGAAACAGGGACGAGAAAUACAGGAACAUCAUUAGCUGGCAAAGACUUAGCAAAUCCUACAGCAUUCAUACGAGCAAGUGUAGAUAUGCUGAGAUAUUUGGGUUGCCACUAUCAUGCCAAUUUAAUUUCUGAUGCUUUAUGGAUGUCUCUGGUAACCCAGCAAGUUCAUACGAGCGACGUAGGCGGAACAGCUAAGACAAGCGAACUCAUCGACACUACUCUUAGGAACAUCGAGCAGCUUAUGCAAGAUCCUACGAGGAAAUAA